AUGGACGAAAUCAACCUCAACAAGCGCUAUGCGACGGCAGUGGUCCUCCCUGUGUUAUCAUCUUUCGCCAUAGUUGUUUGCAUCACGCCGCUCAUUCUUCAUGCGAAGAACCGCAACCUCCCCGCCUCGAGUCUCAUCGGCUGGACUAUUGUUCUCAACCUAUUCAACAUCAUCAACGCUCUCAUCUGGCCCACGGACAGUGUGAGCUCGUGGUGGAGUGGUGCUGGUCUUUGUGACAUUGAAAUCAAGAUCAUGGUAGGUUCAUAUGUCGCCUACCCGGGCUGCCUCAUUGGCAUUUUCCGGGGUCUUGCAAUCGUCCUUGAUACUAGCUGCGCUACAAUGGUGCCGACAAGAAGCCAGCGUUGGCGCAAUAGAUCCAUUGAGCUGCUCGUCUGUGUUGUCGGUCCAAUUAUCGCGAUGAUCACACAUGUCGUGUGGCAAAAGUCGCGCUAUCUACUCUUCGCCAUUUCGGGAUGCGUAAAUAACUUUGACGAAAGCUGGGUAAGCUUUGUGUUGGCUUUCAUGUGGCCACCGAUUCUUUGCUUAAUUGCUGCAUACUAUUGCUGCCUCGUCCUUUUUCGCGUUCACAAGUAUCGAAGCGACUUCGGAUUUAUCCUGAGAUCUGCCAAUAGCAAAAUGAGCAAGUCGGGUUUCCUGCGACUCCUUGCUCUCGCUUGCACCAUGCUGUUAGCUAUUUUACCCGUCGAAGGAUACGUUCUCUACGUAAACAUCAAGGCCUCACUACCGUGGCAUCGCUACUCAUGGGCCAUGAUGCAUGGUCCGCGGUGGGAUAUUAUUAUCAAAUACCCAGCCCAAGGAGUGGUUUUCUUCGACCGCUGGAGCCCCGUUGCCGCAGGGUUUUUGUUGUUCAUUUUUUUCGGAUUUGGUCGCGAUGCUACUCGCAUCUACCGAACAUUCUUCCGUUGCCUUGGCUUUGGAUACUGUUUCCCCAACGCUCUUCGGCUGGCAGACUCUCGAACAACUGCUCCGUCGACCACGCACAACUCCGCGACUCUGGUGGGAACAACCGUGAGCCGAGCAAAGCUCCUAUUCAACUGGAAGAAGCGAUCUUCUAGUGGUCGGCACAAUGGUACUAUAUCACAAUUUACCAGCGGUAGCUAUGAUCUCGAGAAGGGUAGAUCAUCGUAUAACCCUUCAGGCGGUAGCGAUACGCGCAAACGCCGUAGGAUUUUCAGUUCACUUCCCUUCUUCAGAAAGAAAAGAUCUGUUCGUCGCCAUGAUGAAGACACCCUUCUGGAAGAUCUAUCUGGCCCGGCACCCACUGUCUGCACCAACGCUUGGGCCGGAACAAGCCAGAGUCGACCCAGCAGCGAGAUCCCGCCCGAGCCGAGUUCAACCCAGCAUGUGGACAUCAUUCGGGUCAAGCAGGUUCUAAGCCAGAAUAGCGAGGUCCAGAUUUAG